CCUUUAAGAACCUUUGCACAAACAGGAAGUGUUAUCACUGAAGUUUUGCUCCUCCUGUCCUCAGUAUAUUUUGCACUCCUGUGAUUUUGGAGACCAGAGACCACUUGACUCUCACUUUUAGCAGUGCCUUUCACAACUGAGCUCUUUGUAGUUUUAAAAAAAUGGCCCACUACGAAGAAGUAAAUGUCCGUGGCUAUGAUGAAUUCUGCCAAGCCGUCUCUGACAGGAAGGGAAAGGACAUUUUCGCCUACUUCUCUGGGGAUAAAGACGCUCAGGGGAAGAGCUGGUGUCCGGACUGUGUAGCGGCCGAGCCAGUUGUAAGAGGAGAGAUGUCUCACCUUCCUGAGGGCUCUGUUUUCAUCUACUGCCAAGUUGGACAGAGGGACUACUGGAAGAAUCCAAAUAAUGACUUCAAGAAGACACUGAAGCUGAGCGGCGUUCCCACGCUGAUGCGAUACGGCACACCUCAGAAGCUGGUGGAGGAGCAGUGCUUCAAAGCCGAACUGGUGAGGAUGAUGUUCACCGAGGACUGAGGGAUUAAAUCCUAAUUUUCCAACACAAAUCACUCAAGAUGUACUUGCUGUUGUCUUACUACACAUUUCAUUUGCCACUACUCAGAUUCUACAACACCCAGUAAUACAUGAAGUCAGUCCGCAGCUGCAGCCUCACACUUACAACCCAUUGUAUAACACUAUGAUUUUUAUACUGGAAUAUCUGCAAGAGAAACAUGUAGAAGAAAUGAAGGAAUACAUGUUGUCUCCAUAUGGUUGGAAUUGCUUAAUCUUGAACUGUAAUUGUACCCCAAAUAUUUUUUUUUAUUGAAUUUGGUUUCCUGUGUCAACAUCUGUUUGUUUAAGUCUUGUCAGUGUUCUCCUGUGUGUGUCGGCGUGUUGGUGUGUGUGUGUGUGUAUGGUUUCCUUGCAGUAGAGCACAAUAAAACUUGAGUCGAUGUUUAA